AUGGGGUGCCCAGCGCAGUGCCGCGCGUACUGCUGUAACCGCUUCUGUGGGAUCUGCCUGUGUGGUCAGGUGUUGAUCUUGCUGAUCGUGUUGCCUUUGGUGGUUUUCUUGUCCCUCACACUCGGCGACAACCCAAGUCAGCGGCAGCCCGGUAACGACCUCCGUAUCGCUACGCAGAGCGAUAUACAAGCGAAACGUUGGGACAAGGUGUCUGAGAUUUUCGCAAGCGAGGACGGGUAUUGGUCCAAAGAAAGCGCGCUUUUGGUUGGCGAUUCCGAUGGGGUUCUGUGGAGCCAAGAGAGGGACUUCGAACUGAGCAGGCGCGUUUGGAGUGGGAGCCUAACCAAAUUCGUCACAGGAUUGACGAUUUACCGAGUGCUGCAACGCCUCAACGCCACUGCGGCAGCUGAUAAUUGGACAGAGCCUGUAUUAACCUUGGACUCAAGACCUGCCGACGUCUUCAAUUGGUUUUGGCCCCAAACUGGCGCACGCAGUCGCAUUCGGCUCCACCACUUGCUGUCGUUUACUUCGGGCUUCUCCACGCGAACAAAUUUGUUUGGGGCUGGCUGCGCGCGCCCAGGCUUCGGCAGCCUCGGCGAGGCUUUUUUCCAUCUCAUAUUCGGGAGCGGCUCAAAUAAGAACAUGGGGAUCCAGACGUGGAUUCAGUGCGUGGAGAAGAUCGCCGCAGCCGAGGGUGAACCGUACGAGCACACUGCGGAGCCUGGCACAAGCUUCAGUUACCACGCGCAGCACCUGGCAGUAGCCUGUGCAAUGGUACUGCAAGCGCUGGGGCGCCCAGUCACGCUGGGCAGUUGGUCUGAUUUGGUGGAGCAGGAAUUAUUCAAUCUUUCACAGCCCUUCACGGAUGGACCAAGUGGUUCAGGCGGACGGCUGGUAUGGGAACGGGCUGCAAAUUGGGCUUUGGCACUUCUGCCAGACUAG